AUGGCCUCUACCUCCUCCAACAAGCAUCAUCACUACAAGGGAAUCCGCUGCCGGAGCGGGAAAUGGGUGUCGGAGAUUCGAGAGCCCCGUAAGACGACUCGAAUAUGGCUCGGAACUUACCCUUCUCCGGAGAUGGCUGCUGCUGCCUACGACGUGGCUGCGCUCGCUCUAAAGGGUUGCAAUGCUGUUCUCAACUUCCCCGACUCAAUUGGGUCGUACCCGGUUCCAACUUCCAUGUCUCCGGCUGAUAUUCGUGUUGCUGCUGCUACUGCUGCCGCUGCAUCUAAAAGGAUUGACCAUGAAGAAGGAAGUUACAAUAGUCACCACCAAUCUCCACCACCCGACGAGUUCGUCGACGAAGAGGCGCUUUUUGGAAUGCCAAAUCUACUCGUUGACAUGGCGGAGGGAAUGCUGUUGUCGCCGCCACGAAUUAGCUCAUCGCCGUCUCGACAUGAGUAUUACUCGUGGAACUCGAGUGGAGAUGGGAAUCUAUGGAGCUACUAUUAGGGUAAAAACGAAAAGUGAAGCUAUAUAUUUAAUCACAA